CAUCCCUAUUUUUCCCUUUGCGCGUCUCCACACUCAAGGGACUUCACCGAACAGUAGCCUCCGCGCGCGCGGGUGGAUGGCGAAGGAUGGUCGUCUCGCCGCAGAGGGAGUCAAACCCAUUGGAAGCCCUGCAGGGCUGGGUCAACUGGGCCCACACCGGCGGGAGCGGUGCACUGCUGCAGAACCUGCAAGAGGGCCUGCCUUUGGGGCCAGGCUUCAGCCUUCAGCAGAGCCUCUUGGCCUCCCGGCUUCCUGCAGAAGCAGAGGAAGUCGAUUGGGCGGCUGCUCUGAAGAGGCAGAAUGCUGCGAAUGACGAGUUGUGCAGUGAGAACAGCCAGCUGCAGCUCGAAAUCGAGCGUUUGCAGCAGGAGGAGGCUGCGGCAGGUAGCUUAUCUGAGGAAGACAGCAAGGAGAGUUGGCUGGAUGAGCUGAUUGCCGAAGUCCUGGAGAUGGUGCGUGGCUCCUUGCCUGCCUCGUCAAGCGAGCCAGGAGAGGGCGCCGUGCUGCCGCGUGUGGAGCAGGCCAUCCGUGCCGCGAAUGCUGAUGAGGGCUCGGCAGCCACCAUGGCAGAGGAGGUGGCACAUCUGGUGUCCGAAAAGAUGGCGCUCCGGGAGCAAGUGGAGCGGCAGCAGGAGCAGAUCGAGAUCUUGGAAGAUCAGCUCCGGGAGAUGGGCUCCGCUCACCACGACGGGCUUCUGCGGGACGUGUUGUCUAAGCACGUGGCGCGGGGUCUGUCCGAUGCAGGCGGUGCCUUGUCAGCAAGCCUCUCAGCCGUGCUACAGCCAAAGACUGGUCAACCACCUGCUGUGCAAGUUGGAGGCGAGGUGGAGAUCAUCUCCGGGCGCGGCGCCAUCGUCCGCAGCGGGGAGUCCCUGCGCAGCGAGGCCCAGGGGGAGCUCCCGCCUGGCUCUCGCGUGCGCGUCGUGGCAGCUUCAAGAAAGUAUCCUCGCAGAGUGGAGAUCGUUUAUGCUCCUGAAGACUCGAAGAAGGGACUUGUGGGGUGGAUCAGCGCAUCUUCCAAGGACGGCCGGCUCUUGGUUCGCCCCUUGGAGGGCACCGAGCGCCCCGUCGCGGAGCGCGCCGCAGCCUCCGCGGGUUCCGCGGGUUCCGCGGCGGCGGCGCAGCCCCAGCCGGCGGCGGCGGCGGCGGUCCCGGCGGAGAGCCCAAAGAACUCUGUGACGCUGUCCACCCAGGAGUGGGAGUGCUUGAACGAAGCCAACGCUGCUUCAGCUCAGCAAAUCGAGGACUUGUCCAAGCAGUUGGCAGCCAUGGGCAGCCAGCUUCUGCAGUCCUUUGAGAUGCAGUCGGUGCUCGCUCAACUGCAGAGAACCGUCGGCCUCGAGCGGGACCGCCGCUCCGCGCUGCGGGAGGCGGCCGCCAUGGCCUCCCAGGAGCUGAGCCAACGGGCCGAGGAGGCCCGCGCGGCAAAAGCCGCGCGCGAACACGAGCUGCGAGCCGCCUGCGAGCCCUCGACUCCGGCGCCGGAGUCGCCGGCAGCGUCCCCCAUGGCGGCGGUUCCGCUGGCCAUCGACUGGGACCGCCUGGUGAGCGAGCGGGAGACCACGGCCGCGGCCUUGUCGGCAGGCCUGAUGAGACUCAGCUGUUUGCAACGAGAGGCCAAGGAGAUCCAUGAGGAGCAGCUGCGCUCCAGCGACCAGGAGCUCAGGCCCUUGCGCGCCCAGCUGCGCAGCCGUGUGGAGGAGGCCAAGGCCUCCGAAACGCCGGACGAGACGCGAAAAGCGGCCUCUGAGGGCCUCUUCCGGCUCCGCGCCGGCGACCUCUCGGCCCAGAUCCGCGCGCUGCGCCAGGAGCUCCGUGUUUCCAUGGAGGGGGAGCGCACGCUGCGCAGCUCUGUGGCAGCCAGAGGCAGUGCCAUCCAAGGCCUGCUGCACCGCGCUGCGAUGGCAGGGCUCGUGCUGCCACAGUGCGGCCCCGUGCGCUUGGCCCCGGACCCCGACGCGGAGCGGGCGGCGCUGCUGGCCGCGGUGCAGGAGCAGCUACAGCUGAAUCUGCAGCUGAACUCCAGAACAGGCCACACUUGA